CGCGGUAAAAGCAGGAAAUGGACUGCAGCGCAGGGCAUUCUGGCCUCGGCCCUUCUCAGCUGAAAAAGGAAGAUGAGAAGCCGCCGCUGCAGCCCCGAACAGAACCGACACUGAACCGAACCGGACCUCCAGAGGAAUGUCGGCGGAGCGGCUGCUGUCGGAGCGCAGGCCGAGCCCAGCUGCCGAACCCCGGCCCUGAACGCGACGCGACCAGCCUGGAGCAGCGGGGCGGGUGGAGCUGCAGCCCCGCCGGGCCGGACCGAACCGAACCGAGCCGAGGAGAGUUCCUGUCAUCCACCGUCCUGCCUGCCGGUGAUGCAGAGAAACCUGCGGGACUAAAGAAUCGACCGCAUCCUGAAACCAGAACCGAACUGAAGCCCGCAUUCAGGUGGCGGCAUGGAGCGCUCCGGCAGCAUCCAGCUGGACAUCCCUGACUUCAGCAACUCCGUCCUGUCGCACCUGAACCAGCUGCGCGUCCAGGGCCGCCUCUGCGACAUCGUGGUCAACGUCCAGGGCCAGAGCUUCCGCGCGCACAAGGUGGUCCUCGCCGCCAGCUCGCCGUACUUCCGCGACCACAUGUCGCUGAGCCAGAUGAGCACCGUGUCGCUGACGGUCAUCCGCAACCCGUCCGUGUUCGAGCAGCUGCUGACCUUCUGCUACACGGGUCGCCUCUGCCUGCAGCUGGCUGACAUCAUCAGCUACCUGACCGCCGCCAGCUUCCUGCAGAUGCAGCACAUCAUCGACCGCUGCACCCAGAUCCUGGAGGGCAUCCACCUGAAGAUCAGCCUGGCCGACGUGGACGAGGCGACGCACGACGACGACGCGGCGCCACGGGCGGCCCGGCCCGGCAGGACCAUGGAGGCCAUGGUGCGUGGCGGCGGCCAUCACGGCGGGCUGAGGCUGCUGGGCGCCAGAGGCGGCGCGGAGGUGUGUGAGGUCAUCAGCCCGGCGGAGGAGCCACUCAGCCCCCCGCCGACUGUGGAGCACAGCGGGUUGGCGGGACCUGGCGCCACCAGCAGCAGAACCAGCAAGGAGCCGAUUCUCCGCAUCAACCGGGCCGGCCAGUGGUACAUGGAGACGGGCAGCGAGCCGGAGAGGACCGACAGUGCUGAGGAGGGCGGCGGCGUGGACCGCAUCAGGAUCAAAACGGAGCGCAUGGAGGACUGGAUUGGAGCCGGAGGGAACCAGGAGGAGGCGGCCGCAGAGGAGGGCGGAGCCACGGUGAUGAUCGACACGUCGGGCCGCAGCACGCUGAUGUCGGCGCCGCUGGGCGGGCUGGGAACCCGCAGCGGACAGGCGUCCUCCAGCUUCAGCGAAACAGACCGGCUCAGUCCCACCGGCAGCGUGGUCGUCCUCACCGAGCGCCAGAGAGCAAAGAGCGAGUCUCCAAGCCGAGCCGACGAACUGCGGCAGCCGAGCUCUCAGGGCGAGGAGCACGCCGCCUUCGACAUGGGCGGCUACGAGGAUUACCUGAGGGAGCAGGUGGGCGACCGCUGGUUCCGCUACAACCCGCGGCUCACCUGCAUCUACUGCUGCAAGUCCUUCAACCAGAAGGGCAGCCUGGACCGCCACAUGCGGCUGCACAUGGGCAUCACGCCGUUCGUCUGCCGCAUCUGCGGGAAGAAGUACACCCGCAAGGACCAGCUGGAGUACCACAUCCGCAAGCACACCGGCAACAAGCCCUUCCACUGCCACGUCUGCGGGAAGAGCUUCCCCUUCCAGGCCAUCCUCAACCAACACUUCCGCAAGAACCACCCGGGCUGCGCGCCGCAGGAGGCCCACAGCGCCUCGCCCGAGACCACCACCGCCUCCGUCCCGUCCCGCGGCGGCGGCCCCAGCGACGAGGCCUCGCCCAGCCAGGAGGAACCCGAGGCCGGCGGCGGGAGCAACAGCGGCCAUUACGCAGACGGCCCUCAGACCUCGGUUUCCACCACGGGGCCCGACUGACCCGGGCGGAAACGAGGCGCCGGUCCCGUCUGAAGUCAACGCACACCUCAGAGUCCGAAAUGAGAUUCUUACCGCUUUAAACCGCAUCUACCUUCACUAACCAGACAGAACAGAUUAAGCUAAAGAUGAAGAAUCGCCACACACUCCUACAACCUCACACACACGCAGCGCUCAGCGCCGCGCCGCCGUCAACUUUAUGUUGCAGGUUUCUGCUUUUUGGAUUUCCGGGUUCACAACGCCGCAUCACAACUAGCGGUGCACCGAUUACCGAUUACGGCCGGUUUUGAUUUUUAUGUCUGAAUUUUGCUAAAUAUCGCCGAGUUAGCAACAGUGGGUCAAACCAGAAGGACUGAAGUUGAUUUUUAGACCUUUUUUUGAGGAAAUCGGGCCGAUUUAUCGGUGCAGCUCUCAUCCCGACCGUCCGGGGAAUCUGGGGGAGAAGGAGGGCUUUGCCAAGAUACUCAGUGCCAGUUUUACGGUUCAAAUCCUUUUUAUUUGCCUUGAGACAAUCCGGAGCAGUCAGGUUGAUAAUAAUAAUAAUAAUCAUCAUCAUUGUGCUCUAAGUGCCACAGCGAUGACGGUUUCGUUGGGAGAGUUGCAUCUCAGCGCCACUGGAGUUUCUGACUUUGUCACAUUUCAUUUUUUACACUACAAACAAAAAACUGCAGCUCUAACUUCUCUGUCCUCAGUUUCAAAACAUUUUGCUCCUUUUACAGUUUUAUCCAUUUAUUUUUGUUACUUACAGGAUGGUGGCUUCAAAUAUUUAAAUUAUCUUGACUUUCAGAUUCACUGAUUAAAUCUUCAUCAUCAAUAAUCAAUAGUUGUGAUAAAAAUAAAUCUUUCAGCUCUAUUAAUGCUGAAUUUGUUGGUUUGAAUGUUACAUCAGUGACAAAGUAAGGCAGGAAAACUAGAGAUGCCCGAUAUUAGCAUCAACAUCGGUAUUGUCCGAUGUUAGCUGUUUUAUCCGAUAAGUAAAACUGAGACGAUAUAAACAAACAAUGUUUAUUUUUAUCUUGUUGCUGUUUGUUUCUGGAGGGAGUUAGCCAUGCUAACAAAAAGCUACUUACGCUAAACCUAAUGCGCUAUGAUGUCUUUAGAACAAAUGUUAUGUUUAUAUCUUUUCCUGUCCGUCUUUUGUUUCUUUAUGUAUCUUAUUAAAACUUAUUGAGGGGAAAAAAGAGAGAACAUGAAGACAGGAAGUGAAACAGUUGCAUAAACUAUCUUCAUCCACUUCAAAAUAAAAGCAUGAAUCUAAACAUCUUACUAUUCAAUAAUAAAACUAAAAGUUAACAAACAACCAAUAAAAUUGGUGCUUUAAAAUGGAUCCAGAAAUAUUAAUUUAGGUGAAGCUAAGUAGGCUAACCGACUAAAAGUUAGCUAAAAAGCUAAGCUAAAAAUUAUCUCGGGUCUUAGCGAGUUAGCGGACGUUAGCAUUUGAGUAAAUAUAUAAUACCGAUAAAUAUCAGUAAUCGGCUAUAGCAGCAAUACUAAUAUCGGAUAUCAACAUCAGCCAAAACUUAUAAAUAAAAACGUAAAAGUUUAUCUUCUGGAAGAUAUUUUAUUUUAAAAUUACAAUAACUAUUGUUUAUAAUUAUCCUUAAAGAAAAUUGACGUCUAACAGAAAGAAAACACGGGAAUAAAAGACGCAGCUAUGGAAAAAAAACAGCAUUAAGCUAAACAAUAUUUAGUAGAGGAUAAUUUUAGUGUUUUCCUUUUCUUUAGGGUCUUUAUUUGAAGUCAUCAUCCGCAGAGAAACUCCAGUCGCGCUGGUUUCUUAGUUCAAUUGGCUGUGAAAUAUUUAACCGGAUCUUGUUGAUGUUUGCUAACUGUGGCGGUGAAACCUUCCAAGUUUCUCAUAGAUUCAGACUGAACCACCUAGCAGCGGGACAAACUACCGAACAAACUCCCAGUAGGACAGAAACAGUCUCAGAUAAGCUACACAGCUGGAUAAUUACCUCUCAUCACUACGCAAUACAGCUGCUGCUCACUCAGCACCACCGGGGGGCGCUGUGGUCCGCUCAGAUCCCCGUCAGUCUUCUCAGAUCGUUUUUAUAGACAGGUCUUUGUUUCUCUAUCAUUACUGUACACCUCUGUGCUUUUGACAAUGAAGCUUUUUAUUUAAAGGAGGAAAUGAUCAGAAAUCUGUCAGUUAAUGACGCAUUAAAUCUUCUGCACUGAACCUAAAAUAUAACUGACUGUAUAAGUUUAAUUUUACCUUAACAAUUAAUUAAAACACAUUUAAUAAUACAGCAUACUGUUAUAAAUCAACAAGCUAUUUAUUAUGCUUAAGUUGGCCAUAUAUUGCAUUUAAACUAGUUUUCUAAAUCAAUCAAUUUUACAAAAUACAACUUAUCUGGGCCUAGAAAAGAAAAAAUGUAGUCCUGAAAAUCCAUUUAGAUUAAAAAAAUCUCAUUUUUAUCACAAGUUGUCUCAAUAAAUGUAAUUAAAUGCAAUUAAUGAAUAUUAAACAGAAGUUAUUUUGAUCAGUUAAACUGUAGAAUGACUUCAAUCCAACAUUAUUCUGUUUACUGGCUAACGUCUUUAGAAUAAGCUACUGGAAUAUAAAUAUUCAAAAAUAACUUAAAAUCAGUUUUUGGGAAUUUGAGAUAUUGAUUGGAGUGUUUCAAGUUUGUCACUCAAAAAACACUUUACAUUUCAUAUUUUGCUGGUUCAAAGAGUAUCUUUGUUUCUUUGACUUUCUGUUGCUAAUUUAGCUAACAUAGUUAGCCAGUGCUAAUAUAGUUAGCUGAUGCUAUUUCAUAUUUGCUGUUUCUGGAUAUUUCCCUUGUAACCUAGAAAAAUAAAAUGUAUCAGAAACAAAACAAAGUAAACAAAGCAAAUCAAAAAGUUUAAAAGUAGAGCAAAGAAACUGAAAGCAUUGUUCAGCUAGCCGUUACCUCGCUACGUCAGCUAGCUAGUGCUUUGAAAAACAAUGGAAAACGACUCCAUUGUUAAACGUUUAUAAGCCUGAUCUUAAAUAGAUAUCAGACGUGAUUUCAGUCGAUGCGUGGAAUCAGGAUUAUUGUUUUCAGGUGAAUCUCUGCUAACCUGAGUGAUUUUUAAACAGAUGCUAAUUAAACGUUGUUUUAUCCACCGUGCAUUAGAUGUACUGCGUCAUUAACGGCUGAAGAUCUGGGAUUAAAACGAAUAAACGGAGCUCUACCCUGUCAGACCAGAUGGAUGUAAAAACCCGGCCGUUUUAAACCUCCAGAUGUUGCAUGUCAGAGCAACUGGCAACCAAAGGACAGCGGCCAUUUUGGUCCUCCGAAACACCCAAACUUCCGCACUAAACGGCAACUAAGAGCCGUGAUAGAAAAAGUUUUUUAAAAACAGAACAAUAACAAAUCUACAGAUAUUAUCAGACAGAUGUAUUUAAACUACUAAGAUGUUGUUUUUUUUGCUUAUAAAUGUAAAUGAGUUUAAUCGAGGCGUGUGGGAGGUAGCACAUGGAUCCGCUGUUACUGUUUUCUACAGGACUGUGAAUCUGAUUCUCAGUGGACAGUGAAAAACGUUUUUUAUGCAAGUGAAGCCAGCGGCUCCGUCCUCACACUGAGCGACUCGAGAUUUUCCUCUCGGAUCUCACAACCAGAGCCGCCGCCGCCACGCUCACAUUCAGGCCUAACCAGGAUCUAUCAGGUAUAAAGACUUCCUUCGUUAGUCUCUCAAACGGACGCUUUCUGUUGGUGUGUUCCCUUUGUAGCAGAGCAUUAACGGUUAAACCUCAGUGCAGUUUGCACACUGCAGAAAUAAAAUAUUCAUGUACACGCUAGCAGCAGGUAAAAAAAUACAAAAUAGUAAUUUUGUGAGGGACAACUGGAUGACAGAAAAUACAAAACCAGGGCUGGGCAAUAUGAGAAAAUAUAGUUAAACCACAAGACCUCUGUAGGUGGACUGCAGCCACUUUUAAUACAGACUUUUAUGGAAAUGUAGUGAUUUUAAUAGAUUUUGACUUUGUGUUUGUUACAAAUGAAGACACUUUAUUGUGUGAUAUUACUAACAUUACAAUUUCAUAAUUUUCACCGUAAAGUGACCAGUUGGAGCUGGUGUGUCAUUUAAAAAGAGAUUUCUAAAUGAAACUGAACAUUUUUAUACAUUAAAUCCAACAUUUCAUUCAUCUUUAUGAUGUGCAUCAAAAAAGUGCUUUUAAUCUCUGUAAAAAAAAAAACACAAUCUGGUUAACUGCUUCUCAGUUUUUACUUUUACUUUCCUCCAAGCGUCAUAAAAAACCAACAUGAAUCUAAUCUGGUCACAUUUGGAAGAGACUUCAUACUCAGAAGCUGCCAAAAUGCUUACAGCUAGUUAACAUUAUUGUCCAAAAUUAGACUGAAGCAGAGUGAAAUUUACCUACAUUUUAUUUCAAAUGAAUUUUGUUCCUUUGUAAAAUCUGAAAAUAUAGCAACAAUUGGCAUUACCUAACACUUUGGUUUAGGUAACUAUGCAAAUCUAAACGCUUCAGAUGUUUAAUAAUUUGAAACCACUAAAACCCAGUCAAUGAACCAGUCUAAUUUAUAAUUAGUGGUAAAACCUUUCUAGAUAUUUGCAAAGCACAUUAAAGUAAUACGAAAUAAAAACAAAACAAAAACUAAACAUUUUAUAGCACUAGCUAUAAAAGUUAAAGCUAAUUUGGUAUUUGCCUAGGUAAGUUUUAGACUCUAAUAGUUGUGUUUUUGUGUAAAAUAUAAGUUUUAAAUAUACAAUUACCUAGCUUCUAAAAACAAUAAAUGACAGAGUAGCUGCAGAUGCCAUAAGACAACCAGAACCGGUCUGAACCGGUUCCAACUGGCUCAGUUUGUCCAAAUGGCCUUGCUGCUGAUUUUCAUGUUGUAUUCUUAGACUGAUCUCAUUAUUUAAAACUUCAAACUGCAACAUAAAUGGAUUAUUAAAUUAUAAAUACAUAUGUAAAAAAAUUAAAAUCUACAAAUAUUUAUGAAUAAUAACUUGAGAGUUAUUAAAACUAUGAACAGAAAAAGGAAUAAAAUAACGCUACGGUAAGUUCAAACCUUUCUUUGUAAGAUUUAGGGGUUUUUAAAAUUUAUUUUUUAAUCCUUCAAUUAAAAACUUCCUAUGUUAUAAAUAUUAUUAACAUAAUAUAAUAUCCCUGUAACCGAAUACCUCACUUACUCGUCGUCUAAAUGGUUGUUUGAGAUGCUAACCCGUUGUUAGCUUGUUAGCUUCUAGCGAGCUAAAGUUAAUGGGUGUGAAGAUUUUAAAUUUAGAGAAAUGUGCUAUGUUUAUUUAAAGCUUUAUUAGUUGUUGAUUUCCUGUAAAAUGAAGUUGUAUUAAUUGUGGCUCAGACAUCUUGUGUUUUUAAAAUAUAUUUUAAAAAUACCAUAUAUAAAAAGUAAAUGUUGCCCAGCUAGCAACACAAAGACAUUAACCCAGUUUGUCUUCCUGAAACUUCAGGAACAAACAUUUAAGUUUAGGAAAGUUUAGGAUGUGUUUUUGCAUAAAGUCUUGAUUUAUUUUAAAGGUGCAGUUUUAAAAAAUGCCACGAUAAGCCUUUUAAUUUUUCCUUUUUAGUUGUUUUUGGUUUGGCUGAGGUCUCUUCAUUUAUCAACACGUUGUUUUAAGCCAGUUAGUCGGAAACGAACCGGAUUGGUUCUGGUUCUGUUAAAGGAAUCCAGAGGGAAAAGUCGGAUCCACGUUUUUAUUUUUUGCUGUGAAUUUUUUCUUUCCCUUCCGUUUUAAUUUUUAUCAUCUCCCAACAAAAUAAAUCCCAAACAAACGACUGCUAAAUUUUAACGAGUCAUUGCGAAGUGACGAUCUUCCUGCCUCCGAUCUUCGUAAAGUCCGACGUUUCCCUCUGAGUUUUUUCGCCUUAUUUUAUUUUUUACUCUCUAAAUAUUUUCAUGUUCAAACUGUGAAAAACAGCCAAACCUCAUCACCUACACCAUCACCUGGGCUCCAUUUAGGUUUUUUUUUUUUUUUGGUAAAACUGCUUUUCUACAACAUGCCAAACUUUGUUUUCUUGUUUCUUUAGCUUAAGUCUGAAACUACUUGCUUUUUAACAUUUUUUACUGUGUGAAUUUAAUGUUUAGUAUGAAUAAUAUACAGUAACUUUGACCACAAUAUGCCUAAUUAUAAAUCAAAUCAUUUAAACAUUAUCACUUAAUGAGAUUACUCCUUACUGUUGAUUCCUCAAAGUAUAUCCUAAUAUAUUGAAGCAGAAAAUGAAAUUUAGUGAAUGAACUUUUAAUAUUGUACUUUUUGUUUGUUUUUUAAGGAGGUACCUGACGAGCUCUUAAUAGAUAAACCUGAAAGGUUUUAUGUGAAGCUCUUAUGUUGCAUGUGUCUGUUGCUAAAUCAUGUGGGAAACAGGGGUGGGAGGGGGGUUGUGUGUGAAGGCCAAAGGUCGAUUAGUUUAAGUAAAAAAAUAAAAUGUGAAGAAGCUUCUUUCACGAUGACCACUAGAUCACUCACAGGUUGUUUCUCCUCCAGAGGAAAUAAAGCACUUUAAGUGUAAAGCUGCA